AUGCUACAAAAAGGGGGCUUCGAGACUCGGUCAAAGUCGAUUGCACGCGUGCUCUCCAACGUUGCAACGCGAGAACCCACUCCUCCUCCUACCUGGUCCCUUGCUCAGCACGCAGACUCACCAUCGAAGAGUGGCUUAUCUUUGUCUUGCACUUCAGCCGUACUGAGGCAGUUGCCUCAGAUGGAGUUAGCUGUCUCUAGAAGGGGCUGA